ACGUAUAAGGUACUUGAAUUAGAAGCACUUCAGUGAGUGGAAUCUUGAUAAUAGAAACGAUUGCACAUGAUUAUUCUCUUUUCACUCUGUCCACCUUACUUGUUAAUGCAAAAUUUGUCUUCAAACACACACACGCUUCACAUUUUCUGUUCAUACAUACCCAUCUCUCUCUCUUUCCCUUCCUUCAAGUAUAUCAAGAUUCUUCACCGCGAUUUCACUCUGCAAUUCAAUGCCAGAAAUUCUAUUUUGUCUUGAAAAUCUUCAAGUGGCAGGCCUUGAAAGUUUUUUUUUUUUGGAACAUUUUUAACGAUUUUUCUUGGGGAUUCAGCUAAAGAUAGAAACUUUGAUGCGAUUUUGUUCGUGGGUUUUUGUUAAAAUGUCUGAAUAAGCUAUUUGGUGGUUGCUUUUGUGUGGAUUCGAAAAGAGAUCUCUGAUAUGUGGUAUUUUUGAGUUUUAUGUAUUUUUAUUUUUGUUUCGGUAUUGUAAGUUGUAACAUGUUGCGUUUUUAGCAGGUUGGCUUCGAAGGCCAUUAAUAUUAUAAAUAUUUAAAUAAAAGGCACUAUGGUAGCCAAAAUCAAGCGAAGUGUUACUAACUCGCCUAAUCCAACAAAACCAAAGGUUGGAGAGAUUGAUACCAGUCUACCUUUUCAAUCUGUUAAAGAUGCUGUUUCUCUAUUUGGUGAAGGCGCUUUCUCUGGCGAAAAACCUUCCAUUAAGAAGCCAAAACCUUAUUCUGCUGAGAGUGUUUGGGCCAAGGAGACACAACUUCACUCAGCCCAGAAAGAGCUGAAAAAAUUGAAGGAACAGCUAAAGAAUGCGGAAACUACCAAGGCUCAAGUCCUGGUGGAGCUUGAAAAGUCUAAAAGAGAGGCUGAGGAUCUGACACAAAAGCUUAAAGUUCUGAGUGAAUCCAGAGAAUCAGCAAUUCAAGCAACAGAAGCUUCAAAAAAUCUAGCAAAGCAGCUUAAUGAAGAAAAAUGUGGCAAUCUUGAUGGAACAAAUGGUGCUUGGAAAGAAGAGUUAGAAACUGCCGUUAAAAGGUAUGCAUCUGUCAUUAUAGAACUAGAUGUUGCAAAGCAAGAACUGAGGAAAAUUCGUCAAGGGUAUGAUUCAUCCUUGGAAGCAAGAGUUUCUGCCCUCCAGCAAGCAGCAGAAGCUGAAGAUGCAAUGAAGGCAAACACCGAAAGAGCGUCAGAACUCUCCAAAGAAAUUUUAGCUGUACAGGACUCAAUUGAGCAUAUGAAGGUUGCAUCUGUUCAAGCACAUCAAUAUGAAGAAGAGAUAUUCGCUGAGCAAAAUGUUCUAAGACAAUCAUAUGAAUCCACCCUUGAAGAAUCGAAAAAGAAGGUGCUUGAUUUAAAAAGGGAAUUCAAUCCAGACCUUACCAAAAAUCUUGAAAUGCAACUGACUGAGACAACGAACGAAAUUGCGACUCUCCAAAAGCAAAUAGAAAAUAAAAAGACAUCAGAUUUGGACUCUUUGAGAAGUGUCACCCUGGAGCUUGAUGAUGCUAAAGAAUCACUACAGAAAGUAACAGAACAGGAAAACUCCCUUAGAAGCUUGGUGGAAUCUCUUAGAGUGGAGCUAGAGAAUGUAAAAAGAGAACAGUCUGAAUUGAAGGAGAAAGAAUCCCAAACUGAAUCCAUUGUUAGGAAUCUGCAGGUAGAACUCAAGAGAAAUGAGUCUGAGCUUGAAUUCUACUUGGCAGAAGAAUAUAAAGCUAGAGGUGCGUCAGGGGAAAUGAUCUUGCAACUGAAUCAGUUGUCAUCUGAAACUGAAAAUGCAAGGCGUGAAGCAGAAGAUAUGAAGAACAUGGCAACAGAAUUGAGGACUGAAGCUGCAGUCUCCAAACUCGUGUUAGAAGAUGCUGAAGUAAAGCUUAAAGUAGCAUUGGAAGAAGCAGAAGCAGCAAAAGCAACAGAGGCAAAUGCUCUUGAUCAGAUCAGGAUCUUAUCUGAGACGACUAGCGCUGCUCACUCAUCAACUUCUGAAGCUAGUGCAAAAAUUACAAUCUCAAGGGAGGAGUUUGAAAUCCUAAGUCGUAAGGUUGAGAAGUCUAAUAAAUCAGCAGACAUCAAAGUGGCUGAAGCCACAACACAGGUUGAAUCUGUGAAGGCUAGUGAAAGUGAUGUUCUCAAAAGGUUGGAGGAAACUCAAAAGGAGAUUGGGGAUAUAAAGACAGAGACACAGGAGGCCUUAAAAAGAGCUGAGAUGGCUGAAGCCGCCAAGAGGGCGGUGGAGAGUGAGCUUAGAAAAUGGCGUGAGCGAGAGCAGAAGAAGGCGGCAGAAGCUGCAGCUAGAAAAUUGGUUGAAACACCAGAACUAUCUCCUCAGCACUAUAGGACUCAAAAGCAGAACUCUCCUCCAAAAAAAGUGGAGAUGAGGAAGCUAGAAAAAGAGAAGGUGUCAGUUUCAAAGAAAGUUCUGUUGCCUAGUAUUAGUGGCAUCUUCCACAGGAAAAAGAACCAGGUUGAGGGAACAUCUCCUUCUUACCUGCCUGGGGAGAAUACUGCAUGAAAUUUGCUCUUGCUUUUGUGCAGCUUAUGAAUGUGAGAUAAACAUGUUGACUUGUAUGCCAAAAAGCUGAGGCCAAUGUGAUCAGAUAUUUGUCAACAUAGUAUGAGGGAAGAUAAUUUUGAAAUGCUAGUAGUUUGGUCACAAUUAUUUUAUAAUGGAACUUGAGUAAUAGAUUAUUGUACAUUGCUAUUUCAUAUCUUGGUAGUAUGAUGAACUAUUUUAUGGCAAGCAUUAUAAUAAUGAUAAUUAUUCAAAAGAAAAUAAUAUAUUAUUCCAUAUGUCUUAUU